AUGAGGGACUUUGAGCAGGAAAACAGGAACUUCUCCCACCCUGUCCCAAGACCUCAACAGCUGCAAACUUCAUCCCCGUCACCUCUUCUUUCCCUGAACCACACCACUGAUCCUGCCCACAGUAACUUCACUAUUCUCCCAGAGAAGGGUGGACGACAGUGGCACGUAGGGGAUCAACUGGAAGUUAUGAUCAAAAUGUAUGACUUCCACGGACGUCCCAAGAAGUUUGGUGGAGACUUCUUACUUGCCCGUCUGCACAACCAAUUACUUGGUGCAGGUGUGGCUGGGCAAGUAUUUGAUCAUCUCAAUGGCUCCUACUCUGCUGUAUUUCCUUUACUCUGGGAGGGAAGCGCACAGGUUGAGGUGAUACUGGUUCACCCCAGCGAGGCUGUUACAGUGCUGCAAAGGUUGACUAAUGAACAGCCAUACACAAUUUAUUUCGAGAGCGUCUACAGUUCAGGCUCAGUCUCUGAAACUACCGUCUGCAAUGUUUUCCUGGAUUCUUCCAAACAGCCACUCUGCAACUACACUGACCUCAGUACAGGUGAGCCAUGGUUCUGCUACAAGCCAAAGAAGCUGAGCUGUGAUGCCAGGAUCAACCACUCCAAGGGAGGAACCAAUAAAAAACUCAAGGCCAAGGAGGACAUGCUCUUCCAAAGUGGUAUCAACAUGAAGGUCUCCAUUGAUUCUUCAGGAUCGUCCAGUGUCAACGUGUUGCCAAAAAUUAAAGGUCAACCAAAAGUGAAGAGCCGCAAUAUGAAAUCUGAACCUUCUGGCUAUUAUUAUAAGGAUGUGUGGCGAGCCCUAGAUAACACCACAAUCCACCAAUUCAACACAUCCAAGGACAUCAGUGAAUGUCUGAAAGGCAAGAUGAUCCACAUGUAUGGAGACUCCACCAUCAGGCAGUGGUUUGAAUACCUCACUGCAACGUUACCAGAUCUCAAGGAGUUCAACUUACACAGCUCGAGACAAGCCGGACCUUUUUUGGCUUUAGACGAAUCAAGCAACAUUAUGGUGACAUUCCGCUGCCACGGCCCCCCUCUCCGUUUUACGAAUGUCGCAGCCAAUGAACUGCACUAUAUAGCCAAUGAACUAGACGGCUUAGCUGGAGGCACCGACACAGUUAUAGUUUUAGGCAUCUGGUCUCACUUCAGCACUUUUUCCGUCAAGCUCUACAUCCAACGGCUGCAGAGCAUCCGCAGGGCGGUGGUGCGACUGCUGACCAGGGCCCCGGGUACACUGGUUGUCAUCCGGACCGCAAACCCCAAAGCUUUGAACCUUUAUGAGACACUGACCAACAGCGAUUGGUACUCGCUGCAGCAUGACAAGGUGUUCAGGGCCAUUUUCAAAGGACUGAAUGUUCGUCUGGUGGAUGCCUGGGAGAUGGUCUUGGCCCACCACCUGCCGCACAGCCUCCAUCCACAACCUCCAAUUAUUAAGAAUAUGAUCAAUGUCCUCUUGUCCUACAUAUGCCCUCAAAAGAGCAGCUAGAUGUGUUUU